AUGCUGAUGCUUUGUUUUGCAAUUAGCACAAAGAGGAGGAAAUGCGGGGACACCGCGUCUUAUAUCAAAAAGCCACCAAACGCAUUCAUGAUUUUCAUGAAGGAGCAGCGGCCUUUCGUGAAGGCCGCUGCGCCACGGCAAGACAGCGCCGCUGUCAACAAGGUCCUGGGGCAAAUGUGGAAGUCGCUGACGCCGGCUGAGCAGCUCAGUUACUUCCAAGAAUCUGAGCGGCUCAGCCGGAUCCACGCCACCAGGUACCCGGACUGGACCUACAGAGACAACUACGUGAGUCCCAGAGUCAUUUAGUUAUGAUACAGUGGAGCAACAACAGUCAAGAAUAAUUUCUCAAAUGCUUUUGUGUAC